CAGCACGCAGCUCAUCGUCUUCCUGCUCACCCUCACCAAUCAGUCGUUAUAUAUCGGCCCGACCUCCAUCGUUAAGCUUCCCCCCUUCUCGCUCUCGAUAUCCCGUCGGCCUCUGCCUGCUUCUCGCUGCUGCUUCUUCUUCUUCUUCUUUGCAGUUCUUGAGUUCCUUUGGCUCCUCUUUAUAGUCCUGGGGCAAUCCGCCUCCGCAGCUUAGCUCCUCGAAGCAACUCCUCUGCUUAAUCCUCCGCCCGCCCGCCGCCCGCCGCCCGCCGCCGUUGUUUCGGGAUAGCGAUGGCCGCUUCGCCGAGGGCAACGAUGCUGUACUACGCCGGGUGGGAGGACGGCCGCCGCGAGCCCCACCACUUCCUCCAGUCCUGCUUCCUCUGCAACAAGCCUCUCGGCUUCAACUCCGACAUCUUCAUGUACAGGGGCGACACGGCGUUCUGCAGCAAAGAGUGCAGCCAAGAACAGAUAGAGCUCGACGAGGCGAAGGAGGAGAGCUGGAAGAGGUCGCAGGCGUCGUCGUCUUCCUCCUCCUCCAACGCCUCCUCCUCGAGGGCGUCGAGAAAAUCGGAGUCGUCCAAGGGCGACAAGGCCGUACGGACCGGCACCGUGGCAGUCGCUUGAAAUUCGUUCUUGACCCUGUAAAGAAGAAGAUCCCCCGGGAAAAAUUCCUGGGAAAUCUGUAUCUUUAGCCCCCUCCUUCGAUGUGUAAAGAGAGAUCGGCAGGGGUCCAGAAUCUAUCUGAUUGAGAUAAAAAGGGGCCAAGAAAGAGCGUGAGAAAAGAGAGACCCCGCCAGGAAAAUUUUGUUUCUUUUUUCUUUUGUUGUCUCCUAAUUUUUCUUUUUUUUUUCCUAUGCUGGAAUGUUCAUGAGGGAAAAACAAGAAGAGAUGGUGGAUCCCUUUAAUGAGAAUUGGCAAUAUUUUUAUUUUGCUUUAUUUUCGUUAUGUUAUCAUGGAAAAACAUAGAAACUGGCGUGCUCAAUCAA